UAAAUACGCGGUCUGAUAAAGCAUAUACGUUAUGUGUAUGGAGACGUAACACAUGAUAAUCGGACUGAAGGACACAGAAAGUUUUGAACAUGGCUCUUGUCACCAUCAUCGAUGAACAGAACAACAAAUAUACUUUCAAAAGAUACAAUGGUUAUCCGUUCAAUAUCGAAACUAUUGGAAAUGUUGGGGAUCAGCUUGACAAAAUAGCACACCGCAAUAUCAGAGAAGAUGAUGUACUUGUCUGCGUGUUUCCGAAGUCUGGCACACAUUGGCUGUACAAUACUGUGAUGAUGUUACGAUCAAGAUCCUUGAAGUAUCACGGAACGCCAACAAUGAUGGAAUUCCAAGAAUUCAAUAAAAUUGAAGAAAUGGAAUCGCCCAGGACGUUUGGCUCCCAUCUGCGUUUUCGGUUUCUUCCCGAGCAGAUGAAGCUUGGGAAAGGGAAAGUUGUCACCAUUGUGCGCAAUCCCAAAGACCUUGUGGUAUCGUUUUACCAUAUGCUGCAAAAACUUGGAGAUGUUGGAUAUGACGGAACAUUUGAAGGCUUUUUGAAAGUUUUCGUCUCUGAAGAAUGUUUCAUGGGAAACGGAUCCUGGUUUUCAUGGAUAAACGAUAUGGAAAAUUGGAAUGGUGCCAACUCCCUUUGCCUUUCCUACAACGAUUUCAAACAGAAUACUUUCGAGAAUGUUGUGAAGUUAGCCAAGUUUUUAGAAGUGGAUCAAGAUGAAGAUUUUCUGCGAUCAGUCACAGAAAGUAUUCAGUUUGACAAUUUAAAAAAGAGCCAUACUCUUGCGACUCCGGCAGAUGACCGUUGGAGUGGCAUUUGCGAUGAUGGACGGCUGCCAAUUUACCGGAAAGGCCAAACCGGAGAAUGGAAAAAAAUGUUCACUGUUGCCCAAAGCGAAGAGUUCGAUAAACUGUUUAAGGAAAAAGUAGCUCAGUUCGGGCUGAAGAUUGACGUCAGUUUUGAUUAAAUUUCUUCUUAUGGAUAUUAUAAGAACGUGGUCUUUUUGUACGUCUUUAUUAAGAUCAACAAUGAACACAGUCGGAAAAUACAUAAAUGAGAAAUACUCAGAUAUUUACCAAACGAUGUGAUGUUCCGAUGAUAAACAUAAUUAACAUUGGAAACGAGACAAAAGAAUAAUUGACACAGUGCAUUAAUGAACAAUAAGUAAAUGUAGUCAAUGUAGUAACAUAAUAACUGAGUAUCAAUUAUUACUUACAAAUAAUAUGCCUUAAACAGGCUAAUGUUAGUGUUUCCUCAAAUGACUCCAUUCGUAUUACAAAUGGCGACUUUCCAUCCAAGGGGAGUAACUUUGAAAUACCUCGACUA